AUGUCUAGGGCCUGGAUUAAUCAUCUGCAUCAUCGUCAUGUUCAGCAGCAGCAGCACCAGCACCAACAGACACCACAGCAGCUGCUGCCAGGGGAUAAAAUAGACAGGAGUAUGAUUUGGCAGAUUGCAAUGAUAUCCAUGGAGGAGGUUGUUAAAAUGGCCAAAAUGGGGGAACCUCUGUGGAUCCCAAAUCGUUCUGAUUGCGGUAUCGGGUUCAAGUUGAAUGAGGAUGAGUAUUUUCGGAUUUUCCCCAUAGGAUUUGGACCUCGCCCUGAAAGUCUUUACUGCGAGUCCUCUCGCCACUCCACCACCCUUAAUAUUAGUUCCCAUUCUCUUCUGGAUAUUUUUAUGAGUCAGGCUAAUUGGAAGUCCUUCUUCAGUGCCAUUGUGUCAAAAGCGACAUGUUUGGAAAUCUUGUCGAGUGGAUUGUCUCCAGGAAAUUAUAAUGGUGCAUUGCAAUUGAUCUCUUUAGAGACGCAUGCGCAGACUCCUUUUGUUCCUAUCCGUGACAACCUGUUGGCAAGGUACUGCAGGCAAGUGGGUGAAAAGAAGUGGGCAGUGGUGGACGUUUCUCUUGACAUAUUUCGGGAAUUCCAUCUAGUGAAAUCGAGGAAAAGGCCUUCCGGGUGCAUAAUUGAAGAUAUGCCCAAUGGAUUCACAAACGUGACAUGGAUAGAGCACGUUGAAGCACAACACGUGACUGGUGUUCAUCCAAUCUACAAGGCUCUGGUCAGUUCCGGGUUAGCUUUUGGCGCCAAACGUUGGCUUGGUAUUCUCCAGAGCCAAACCGAUCGUCUCUUUAGUGUCAUGUCCAACACCCUGCCCUUUUCUGAUAUCACUGUGGCGAUGAGUACGGAAAGUAAAAGGAGCUAUACUUGGUUGUCUGAGAGGAUGGUAGGGAUCUUUAAUACGGGAGUGAGUGUGGCUACAGGGAAUGUUUGGAAUAUAAUUCCAUACAUUGGCCCAAAUAAAAUUAGAGUUCUCAUGAUCAGGAACACAGAUAUUCCCAAUCGUCCUGUAGGGGUCAUCCUUGUCGCUACAUAUUCCUUUUGGCUCAAUGUCCCACCCAUGUCUGUCUUUAAAUAUCUCCAAAACCAACAAACAAGGAGUCAGUGGGAUGUUCUUACAUCUUCUGAACAACCACUUAAAGAAAUCUCCCGCGUUGUGAUUGGCCGAGAUUCUUCUAGCAGCGUAUCUUUGCUACGACUUAAUCCUGAAGUACUGGUCCUGCAAGAGGAAAAUUGGGAUCCAAUGGGAGCGUACAUUGUAUAUGCCCCGGUUCACAGCACGACGGUGAACCUAACUUUGGUCGGAGGGGAUUCCGACUACGUGACAAUGCUUCCUACUGGUUUUGUGAUAGGUCCGGACGGUCUGGGCAAUGGAAGUGAUGGAGCCGGCUCAUUGGUAACUUUAUCCAUCCAGAAUUUGGUUGAUUCUAAUCCCAAUAUUGUGGUUGAACAGCCAUCUGUGGACACUCUUACUAAUUUGCUCAUCAACACCGUGGAUAGUCUCAUGAUUGCCUUAAUGAACUAG